AUGAGCUCGAAGGCGAAGAAGAAAUCCUCUGGUUCUACCGGCGAUGAAAAGCCAGUCAAGCAACCGAAGCUUCCCGAAAGCUAUAUCCUUCGUCCCCAAGCCACAGGAUUGAAAAAUGUCCCCAAAGUCACCCUUAAUGCUGCCGUAUUCGCUCAAUUAGGCUAUGGCAAAAACCAGUGGAUCAUUGUCCGUAAAGCCGUGGGAGCGUUUGAUGGGGUCAUCGCUGUCGCCGAAGCGGAUAAGACGGAUCUGGUGGAUACCAACGUGGUGCUUAUGCUGGAGUCUUUGCGUCAUUGGGGGGGUUUCCUCUUAGGGGACCGUGUGGUGUUUUCUCCAGUUAAUCAACAACCAGCCUAUGCCCAAGACGUGGAAAUCAAUACUAAUGGUGAUAUCUCUCAGGAGGACGUGAAGAAGGCUUUAGAUUCAGUGGGGAUCAUCGCUCCUGGUCUCUCCUUUGGCGUUGAUGGACACCAAAUCACUAUAGUGGAUGUCAACCACGAUGUCGCUAGCCAAAUGGCUCUGCUUUCCCUUGACUCCGAAGCCAACGUGCUGCUGGUGCUGCCAGUGUAUUUGUACCACGAGAAACAGACUUCCGUCAAUCUUACGGAGGGCAGUGUUGACUACUCUAAAUACUCUCGUCUUCCUCGUCCUAUUGGCUAUAACCAAGUGGGUGGUCUUUCUCAGGCAGUGGAGUUACUCAAAACAAACAUCGAAACGCCACUUAAUCACCCGCAAGUAUUUGCUGACUUUGGCAUUUCCCCGCCUCGCGGUAUUUUGCUUCAUGGCCCUCCUGGUACGGGGAAGACGAUGUUGCUUAGAUGUGUGGCUCAGGAGACGCCGGGGGUCCACGUGUUAUCGGUAAACGGACCACUGAUUGUCUCCAAAUACUUAGGGGAGACCGAGAACGCCAUUCGCGAGCUCUUCGUUGAGGCCCGUCGGUUUGAACCUUCGAUCGUAUUCAUGGACGAAAUUGAUUCACUCGCUCCCAACCGAAACGGCGACGAUGCUGGUGAAACUGAGCUGAGAGUGGUGGCGACGUUACUUACGAUGAUGGACGGACUCGGAGACCUGGGUCGGGUGGUGGUGGUCGGGGCCACCAACCGUCCCAAUAGCAUCGACCCGGCGCUUAGACGUCCCGGGAGAUUUGACCAGGAAGUGGAGAUUGGCAUUCCUGACGUCAAUGCUCGGUUCGACAUUUUAAUGAAGCAAUUGCGAGGGAAAAUGAACCCUGAACGUCAAAACUUGAGUGAAGACGAUAUUGAACUAAUCGCGUCUAAAACCCAUGGGUAUGUCGGGGCCGAUUUAACGGCGUUGGUCCGGGAAGGGGUAAUGCACACCAUCAAAAACGGUAAACCGAAAGUGGAACUAGACGAUAUGCUUGCUGCUUUACCCGAAAUCAGACCGCUGGCGAUGAGGGAGAUCUUCUUGGAAACUCCCAAGGUGUACUGGAGCGAUAUUGGCGGCCAACACGAGCUCAAGCGGAAACUUGUAGAAGUAGUCCAAUUGCCGUUGGAAGCCGCCGAUACCUUCGCCCUGCUUGGGGUGCUGGCUCCUAAGGGGGUGCUUCUUUAUGGUCCUCCCGGGUGCUCGAAAACGUUGACCGCUAAGGCGCUUGCCACUGAAUCAGGACUCAAUUUCCUUGCCGUCAAAGGUCCCGAAAUCUUGAACAAAUACGUGGGUGAAUCGGAAAAGGCCAUCCGCGAAAUCUUCCGCAAGGCUCGAGCCGCGUCUCCUCUGAUUAUCUUCUUUGACGAGAUCGAUGCCAUUGCCAUUGACCGAGAGCUGGCGCUGACACUGACGGGGCUGAAUGUGCUUACAUCGUUGCUUAACGAGAUCGAUGGGGUGGAAGAAUUGAAAGGUGUGGUGAUCGUGGCUGCCACCAACCGGCCCACUGAAAUUGACCCGGCUCUUUUACGUCCCGGUCGCUUAGACCGUCACAUCUAUGUUGCUCCUCCCGAUGAGGAAGCGCGGACUCAGAUCAUCAGUAAUAACACCAAAAAGUUUAGUCUCGGUGAUGACGUAGACAUUGCCGAGUUGGCUGCUGCCACCGAUGGUUGUCUGGGGGCCGAAGUGGCAUUGUUGUGUCAGGAAGCGGGGCUUGCGGCGAUCAUGGAAGAUAAACUGGCCACCAGGGUGUAUAAGCGACACUUUGAACACGCCAUCGAGGGCAUCUCCAAGGGGAUCACUCCGGAAAUGUUGGACUACUACCGCCAAUUUGCCAACCGCGGCGGCCUCAACCUUUAA